GGGGAAAGGGUUUGCCGGCGCACGGUUACCUCAGGGAGUUGGUUGUGUGGGGAGGCCCGUGAGCAGCCAGCGUCUCGGUAAGGCUUGGCAUCGCUUUCAAAUGGCCGAAUCAGAACCUCGGGAAGGAAACUAUGAUAACAUGGUAAAGAUGGUAGAGGACUCGAAUAGGGACUUAGAAAAACUUCUGGAGGAAAUGGAAAAACUAACAGUGCAGGCAACCUGGAUGGCAUAUGACAUGGUAGUUAUACGUACCAACCCAGACCUGGCCAACUCCAUGAGGCGUUUGGAAGAUGCCUUCCUGAGUUGCAAAGAAGAGAUGGAGAAGAAAUGGCAAGAGGUGCUAAUGGAAUCUAAAGGUGAAGAGCAAAAAAAGGAAUAAAUUGAAUUCAGUCAUGCUGGCAGAACUCCAUCCCUUGGAAAAUCACUCCAGUCUUUUUGUUUUCCAGCUGUGGAGGUUUCACAGACACCAUGGAAGAUGGAUUGGCUUUCAUCUUGCUAAGAACUACUUACAUGUAUACAUCUACGGAAGUAUUGUAAUGAGAUUACACAGAUAUAUAUAUUUAUAUUGUUGAAGGUAAAAGGUAACAAUGUGUCUCUUUUUAUUAUGCUCAUCAGUAAUCCUUGUAUUGUGUAUGCAUACACAAUUUACAUGCCUUCCUGGAAGACCAUACUCACUUUGUUGUCAAUAUACGUGGAAUUCUUUGACGCCUAAACAAUUGGGGGGGGGGGGUGCAGUCGACCAUCGCAGU